GCCUCUUUGUCCCCUGGUCUAGUCCCUGUUCUUCCCGGUCCUUCCCUGUACUGUACAACUAAUUCACUAAUUCACUAAGUCUUCCCCAAUGAUGUGUUGGGCCAAUCUCUCGACUGCUUUGCGACGGGGAUUCACCAGGCUAGCACAGCCGCAGGAAAUUCCCUCAUUUCCUGAAAUUAACUGUUUCUCGGGCUGAUGGCUGAUGGCUGAUGGCUAUGGCUAAUCUGGGUCUUCCCCCCCCUCCCCCAUCGCCCCCAAACGCUUGACACGCAGGAUGAAGUCUGACACAACUCCAUCGACUCCAUUUUUCACCCUCAACUAAUCUCCCCACCCCCUCUUGUUGCGGCUGACAGGUCGGAUGAGGCAAGAUCAAAACAAACCAACUUCUCAACCAUCUGCCAGGGAUGGCUUCUGAAUCUACCGCUGAACACCACCUGCUCGAAUUCCAGCACGACGUCGACUUACACCUCAACACCACCCUCUCCCCGACCGAGGACGAUGGCGAUAUGGGAGUCAAACCUGUUGCGAGUCCUACAUCCAGCCCCAGUCCCGGCUCGCCUCCGCAGCGGCGUGACACAACCUGCAGUGAGCUAGAUUCCAACGAUGUCUUCCAGUUGAUGAACUGCCCCUCGCGCGAACCCGUCAUCGAACGCUGUUGCUCGUGGUUUUUUGCAACUCUCAUUGUUCUUUCCACAUACACUACCCUCCUGUCAGGCCUGUUUCUUAUCAUUGCCUGCCUCAAACCGUAUUAUGGCAGCCUCAUCGGCGACACCGGUGGCCUGGCGCCCUCCUCAGCUACCCUCCUCAGCGCCUUCUUCGCCAAAACCAUCGAGUUGUGCUAUGUGACGGUCAGUGUAGCAUUUGUGGGCCAGCUGCUCAGCCGCAGAGCCCUGCGUCGAGGGUCGCGAGGCAUCAGCAUCUCGGACAUGAGUCUGCGGAUGUGGAUCACGCAGCCGGGGUCCUUGUUCAUGCAGUGGGAGACUUUGCGCUACUCUGGAGGUACUCUCCUGGGCAUUAUUGCACUAAUUGCGACUCUUGUUUCGAUGCUUUACACCACUGCUGCGGAAGCUCUUGUGUCCCCCAAGUCAGCGAUGGGCCCCGUCUACGAACGAAUACUCUAUGGCAACGUGUCUACCUCCUUCGCGAAUCCCACCUACCUCGAAGCCCAGUGCGACACUCCUAUCACCGCUACGAUCGACCCCUCCGCCGGCCGGAACGAGACCUGCGUUUCUAUGGAGAUUGUCGGUCGGGCCUACCACGACUUCGAGCAAUACAUGCAACAAUGGAGUGGGCUAGCGCAGGCGAACAAUGCAACCUCAACGUCACUGAGAACGCGUAUCAAGCCUCAUGGGUCAUUGUACGAUAAUACUACCGUCACUGGAAGUUGGAUCGAGGUCACGGACAUGAAGGCAACCUCCCAGAAAUACAAACGAAUGGUGAACAAUGUUACUGCCGCGUUUCCCCAUGGAGGACUAUACGAGGCGGCGCGCAAUCCUCGCAAUGGGAUCCGGCAGCCGAAUGGGGCCACUGGAGACGGGAAGUACAUUCUCCAAGCCUCCGUGCCUGCCCCGGCGGUCAAUGUACUCUGUGCAGGCUUGUCGAAGGAAGAGCUGGAGCCCAUCAUCUACACGGAAUGGCCCGAUCACGAGCCCUUCAACUCCACAACGUGGUACACAGAGGCUCCCGCAUAUUAUCAGAGCACAAAUCAAACUGUGGUGGACGAGGUCUUCGGUUUUGCGCCUGGCACCUACCACCCGGCUCCUGUCUUCCCAAUCUAUCCGACCGAGUACAACACGAUUUUCAAUGCCAAGGUAGAGAACUCAUCUGCUCUCUAUCUGCUGGGAACCGCCCCCACCGGUCACGAUCCCGCUUAUGUCCUUUGUGCAUUAAAAGCCAAGCAAUCUGGUUUGUGCUCGGCCCAAUACCAGGUGGACUCAAGCGGGGCCGAGCUGAGCACCCGUUGUGAAGAUCCCACAGACACGCUCCAGUACAGCCGUCGGGUUCCGGGUGUCGUAGAAGACAACUACGACAUCAAUUGGAAAAGCGUUGGCUGGCUGUGGCUGGAUGCCGUCAGUCUAGGAUCCGGAAUCGCAGGAGAAGACGCCAGCAUUGAACGGCUCUUGACCCAGAUGGUUCCUGCCUACGACAACAGCAGCAACACUGCGUCCCUGAAUGCCAACGUACCUUCGGUUGCGGAAGCCAUAGCGGUCCUGACCAGUGUCACUCUUAUGAUUAGUAGUCAGGAUGCCCCUUACGUUCCUUUUUGGAACUAUAGCGGCUAUGCGAAUCAGAUCCUCCCUUCUCCGGUGCAACAGAUCUUUAACGCCACUCUUCAGUCAUCGGGCUAUGCUUCUGGCCACGCCGUCAACUGGCAGAAGAGCUUCUACGUCGUCCUUGUCUUGGCCUUCCUCACGAGUGUCCUCUUCAUGGCCUUUUUCAUGGUCGAAGUUCGCGGCCGCCUCCUCAAUGAUUUCACCGAGCCUUCGAGUAUGUUCGCAUUGGCGAUCAAUAGUCCACCGACGGAACGAUUGCAUGGGGCAUGCGGAGGAGGGCCCACGGGUCGCGAACUUCAGGAUCGCUGGCACGUGGGCAUGGUCGAAGAUAGCCACCAUUAUUACAUCCGGCCCAUCGCUGACGGAGAAUUCACGCCUCCCGAUCCUGGGUCUGAUGAUGAGACAGUAAAGGGGGGAGGAACUCACCUUGCCGUCCACGAGUACCGCAGCGUCUCGCGCGGUGCUGCUACCCCAAUGUCGUUUUUGUAUUAAGCCGAAACAUCAACCUCGACGAAGCGACACAUUAGAGAUCAUGUUAGAUUUAGAGUAAUGUAAUGUGUGUGUACAGACAAGUCGAUAGCCCGAAUAUCACAUGACG